AUGGGAACAACACAGCUGGUAUAAAUGCGCCGAGGCGCUGCGAGCGGAGGGACUACUCUCAGCUAGGGAGACUCUGAGCAUGACUGAUGGUCGUUUGUGGAGUACAGACAGUUCAAAACACUUACAGACCUCCGAACAGUCUUGCAGCCAUGACUUGCGUACACCCCCAGCACGCAUCCCAGCCCUGUGAGGUCAACCUUGGCAGCUCGGAGCUUCAAAGCACAGACUUUAUCUCCAGGCUCAGUGUCGAUAUGAGCAGCCCACGGGACCGCCUCUCUGCUCAAUCCCUGCCAAGCAUCAACUCCCUGGUGGGCACUCAGGCGGGCGAGUUUGAUGCAUACUCAUGUCAGUUCACCGCAGCUCCUGCCCAUGUUGCUCCGGCGUUGGGCCAGGAGACUCCCUUCAAGCUGGAUGACCUCCAGGUGUACGGCUGCUAUCCUGGAGCGUUUACGUUGAGUUUCCCAGAUGGGGCUGUUUCCCCUGCUGGGUCAGAUUAUUUCGGCAGCCCCGCUUCGGCCUCGUCUCCUUCAACACCCGGUUUCCAGAGUCAGCAUGCAUCCAACUGGGAUUCAGCCUUCGGGCCAUACUCGCCCAGUCCAGGAUACUGGGCUGCAGACGACACCUCAGCGCCUCAUGCGCCCUCUUUCUUCACGUUUGGCUCGGGGUCUGUGGAGGACAUGUCUCAUGCUGGACAGCAGCAGGAUCCUUUCGGCAUGAUCCACAAUCACCCAGCUGCAAUGGAUUUCUCGUCUUUGGUGAUGGAUCAGGCUCAUAACCUUGAUGGCACCGAGCAACUGGACGGGAGCUUAUCACCUAAGUUAAAGAGUCCUGGUGGAAACGAGGGCUGCUGCGCUGUGUGCGGGGACAAUGCCUCCUGUCAGCACUACGGCGUUCGCACCUGUGAGGGAUGCAAAGGAUUUUUCAAGCGUACAGUCCAAAAAAAUUCCAAGUACGUUUGCCUCGCCAACAAGGACUGCCCUGUGGACAAGAGGAGGCGGAACAGAUGCCAGUUCUGCCGUUUCCAGAAGUGUCUCGCUGUAGGCAUGGUGAGGGAAGUUGUGAGAACGGAUAGCCUGAAAGGACGGAGAGGUCGCCUGCCGUCAAAGCCUAAAGUCCUGCCAGACGUGACAUCCACUGUGUCUCCAGUGAGCUUGAUCGCCUCACUUGUGAGGGCCCACAUCGACUCAAACCCUGGCGUUGGAAAACUGGAUUACUCCAAGUAUGAUGAGACAGAAGUCACCGGGAACCAGAAAGAGGACGCAAACGACAUCAGGCGUUUUUACGACUUACUCACAGCCUCCAUGGAGGUCAUCAGGAAGUGGACGAGGGGCAUCCCGGGUUUCUCAGAGUUCUGCACAGAGGAUCAGGAGCUGCUGCUGGAGUCUGCGUUCGUUGAACUCUUCAUCUUGCGCCUUGCGUAUCGUUCCAAUCCUGAAACGGAAAAGCUCAUCUUCUGCAACGGGGCCGUGCUUCACAAAACACAGUGCGUCCGAGGCUUUGGAGACUGGAUCGACUCCAUCUUGGAGUUUUCUCAAGCUCUCCACCGCAUGAAGCUCGACGUCUCCUCCUUCUCCUGUCUCACAGCCCUCGUCAUCAUCACCGACCGACAUGGCCUUAAAGAGCCUGGACGUGUGGAGGACUUACAGAACCAGCUCAUCACCUGCCUUAAAGAUCACGUUUCUGGCUGCGGCUCUGCCUCUUUGAGGCCCAACUAUUUGUCCAGACUUCUCGGGAAGCUGCCUGAGCUCCGGACUCUGUGCACUCAAGGCCUCCAGCGCAUCUUUUACCUGAAAUUAGAAGAUAUUGUUCCUCCUCCACCCAUUGUGGACAAAAUCUUCAUGGACACGCUUCCGUAUUGAGUGGAGUUGAUAUGAGAGCCGAAGAGAACAGACUGAGCACUCACACUGCGGGUGGGUGUUAAGUGAAACAGCAAGAGGAAUCAUGAGGGAUUGUGCAGCUUCAGGGGGGAAAAGGGCUUCUUUUAUAUCAUUAAGUGAAUGAGUUAUAAAACAUAUAGAGUCAAAACUCUGUAGACAGGCCAGCACAUGGACCAAAAAGUGACUGUUUACACACAACAACAAGGUGCCAUGGAUGGAAACAUUUCUGGUGGAGGGAAGAAUCCACUUGCACUUUACAACAGUUACAAAUUGAAUACCAAUAAUAUGUUUGCCAUUUAUUUAAUUUUUUUGUAAAAGAUCUAUUUUUGUGCAGUGGGUGACUGUAAAUUGCACAUGAAAUAUCAGAGAAAGCAUUAUAUUUCUGUUUGAAUUAAAGACUCCAGGUGCUACGGCAUUACAGAAUUAUUUCACAGAACCACUUUAAACCCCUUCAGACUGAUCAUCAGUGUCCAAAGCAUCCAUCACUCAAAUCUCCAGUUUGCUUUUUAAUGCCACCAUUUGUAUUUGGUGAUGAUAAAGUAGGUCAAACCUACAGAAUUAUUCAGAAGUAACAUUCAUGUAUCAUGAAUAGAUUUUGAGCAGCUAAUACUGUAUACUGUGUAUCAUCCAGUACAGUCUUAUACACUGGUCUUGUAUGUAAAUGAUUUGUAAUCUGUUUUAAACCCGCUCAUGUGGCUUAUUGCCACAUGAACUGCAUUCUGUAGUUUGGGUAAAAUGCAAUCGUUUUGGCUGUGUUAUUUUUACUUGAAGUUAUAUUUUAAUGCCGCUGAACAUAAAAUAAAAAAGGUGCAUAUUA